UCCCAUCCAUCUCUCUCUCUCUCUCUCUCUCUCUCUCUCGCCAGUGAACGGAAAGGAAGAGAGCGGCAAUCAGAUCAGAUUCCGAGCCUUUUCUUCUCCUUCGGUGGGUGGGAUGGGGAGCAAAGGAGGAGUCGCGCCACCACCAUCGGUGGUCUGUUGCAUGUGCGGCGAUCACGGGUUGGCGCAGGAGCUCUUCCGGUGCAAGGUCUGCCUUGUCCGGUGUCAGCACAAGUAUUGCAGCGAUCUCUACCCAAAAGCCCAAUCCUACGGAGCAUGCAAUUGGUGCCUGAGGGAGGAAGGAGCCAAAUCUCUUGCAAAAGAAGCCGUCAAGGAUCCCAACACCUCAGUCUCUUCUUCCACCAACAUUGAUGUCGGCAACGGCAGCAGUGGGUCAGGAGGAGUCGAGCUUCAUCAUCGAGUCUUCUCAUCGCAGCUCCACAAGCCUAUCAAGAGACCCAAGCUGUUGAACCGAUCUGCUUCGGAUGUCACCGACCGGAGUCGAUCCGGAGAGCUCUCUCCGGGCUCUCGUAGGGCAAGGCAGGCCUUCAGGGGAAAGGUAAGAAGGUAUAAACUCUUAGAGGAGUUCUCUAGCUAACGAGUCCUUUCCCUGUACAUCGACCCAUGGCAUGUGCCAUGUCUUCCCUAAAUAAUGUUACACGAGCCCAGUUACAAGGUGAGGAAUUAAUGUA